GAAACCCAAAAUAAAUCAAUUUUUUCGCCGUUGAAACUUUUUUCUGUGUCACUGGGUCAGAAGAGUACAAAUAAAAUUUAAUUCUAGUUUUUAAUUUAAUAAAGUACAAAAUAAAAUUGGUAGCUUAGCAACAAUGGAGUUUAAAACGCCACAACAGCAACAACAAAAUUCUACAGUGUCCAUGGCCAUAUCGGAAGAAAUUGCAAGAUUUGAAUCUGUUCAUCCAUCGAUUUACGCUAUUUAUGAACUCAUCGAACACUUGGAGGAUGUCAAAUUAGCUGCAGAAAUUAGAGAAAAUGUUGUACAAAUUGAAGAUUCGUUCGUAAACUCGCAAGAGUGGACCCUCCCUCAAACAACGCCAACGCUCCAUCUGGGACUUUUAGGCGCUCCCACUUCUCCAAAAUCUACACUAGUUCAUCGUUACCUCACUUCCACCUUUUUAAUUGACCACUCCCCCGAAGGAGGCAGGUUCAAGAAGCAAAUCACGCUGAGGUCACAACCACUCUUGCUUUUAAUUCGGGACGAAGGAGGCCCUCCCGAGCUUCAGUUUACGCACUGGCUGGAUAUGCUAAUUCUCGUUGCAGGUUGUCACGACGAUGUGCAGACGUGCUUCACUUAUGCGUCGCGCCUUAACAAUUACAAGUCUCUCGUUGAUAUCCCCCUUGUACUUAUGACCACCACACCGAACGAGACGGUGAAUAAUUUAUUCAAGAAGAUUCCGCACAAACUAUUUUUCAAAGUUUCCAUGGAGACGGGGGAAAAUGUCGAGCACGCUUUUGAACAGUGCUGCCUGUUGGGAUUGGAUGCUAAAAAGCUCUCCGCGACGGCGUCAACUCCAAACAGAAAAAUUAACCGGAGAAGAUCGAAUCUGUUUCAAAAAAUCCCUGAAUCCGUACCAAGCACAACGCCACAUAACCCUUUGCUAGGGUCGGGAAGAGCAAUUCCGAUAAAACAAGGUUACCUGAACAAGAAAUCGUUUAAAUUGAAGAAAUGGAAGAAAAAAUAUAUAAUACUAACGCAAGGAAAAUUAAGUUAUUACGAUAAUAUAAAUAACUAUAUGGAAUCUAAAACAAACAAAAAGUUUGUCGAGUUAAAACAUGCAAAUGUUAAGAUUCAUGGCGACAAGCAGAUCGUGAUGACCACGCUGACUGGAAAAACUUUAGAAUUUGAAGCCGUCAAUACCGAAGAGAGGAAUGAAUGGGUGUCGCAAAUCGAAAAGGGGAUUUUCUUUAGUUUGUCGGGCACUUGUGAGGGUGGAGGAACAGGGUGUGGCGUUUUGGAUGGCAAUGGGUGGGGCAGUAGGAUGGUGGAAGUUUGUGCUGAUUGCGGCUCUCAUGGCGACGUUUCUUGGAUCGUUAUCAACUUUGGGAUAGUGGUAUGCAUCGGCUGCAGUGGCAUACAUCGUGGACUAGGCUGUCAUGUUAGUAAAGUCAGAUCUGGAGUGUUGGACACUGUGGGUCCGUGGAUUCUCCAAAUUCCUCUCCUUCUUCACGGAAACGUAUCCGCAAACGAAAAAAUUUACGAGUUUAGUUUAAAACAAAAAUUAGUAACGAGUAGUUCCACGUCGGAAGAAAAAUCAGAUUUUAUUAAAAGAAAAUAUGCAAAUUUAGAAUAUGUCCCUUUCCUGGCUGUUUCAAAAGACAAGUUUUUAUUAGCAAUUAGAAACCGUGAUUUUAUUAACUUUAUGAUUUUAUUACUCAGAGUGGAAAAGUAUUGCUUAUUUUUAUGGGUGGAAGAAAUUCUGGGUGAGAUAGUGCGAGGGUGUGGCACGAGGGAGGAAAUUGAAGAUGAGGAGGAGUGGAUGGCUGUGGGAGCGUGGGUGCAAGUCGUUUUAUGGAAAUGCGAGGAUAUGGAGGAGAGCGAGAAAAGUCGACUAAAAUCCAAGUUGUUGGAGGAUGAAUUUUUAUUGGGGGAAGAGUUAAGAGGUGUGUUUGAACUGUUUUGAAGUGAUCUCAGAAAAAAAUCAAUAAAAGUUGACGUUUCGUUGUCAUCAAGA